AUGGUGGAAACUUCUGUAUCGCAACAAAUGUUUGUCAUCGAUGUGAACAUUACAGAAAGUUCAUCGCCGUCUUUUUCCGCUAAUAUAUACAAUGCUACGCUAUGGAAUGAUAUCGUACCCGAAACGGUGAUUUCAUUCGAUAAUGAAAUAAGAAUGGUAAAUGUGCCAAAUUCAACAGAUCUGCACAUAUCAAUUAUUUCAAAUUCAACAAAUUUGCCUUUUGCACUCAAUUACAAGAAGAAACGAAAUAUUUAUUAUGCAAAGUUAUAUAUUUCACGUCGAUUGAGACCAACUGAUGGAACUUUUCAAUCAUUUUAUAUUGGUGCAUUGGACAAGCAUAAUUUAAUUCGUUUAGCGGUAGCACGAAUUGAUAUAAAUUUGGACGAAUCAUCCGUGAGUACACCAAAAUUCAACAGUGUGCAUUAUUUUAGACAAAUGGAUGAACUACGACCUCAUGUGACAGUAUUAAGAGUUACAGCUAAGACUUCGAAAGGAGCUGUUGUAUAUCGAAUUGAGCCGGAAGAUGCUCCAUUCGAUGUUACACCAUUUUCCGGUGAUAUAUUUAGCCGUUACAGUAUACCGAAUGGAAGAUAUCUCUUUGAUGUUGUUGCUACUAAUUCAUUUGCACAGGAAUCUCGUGCUAAUGUUCGGAUUUUGGUUGGUCCACCGAUAGAUCCGAAAAGGCAAUUCAAAAAACUCAAAACUAAAAAUUCACGCCAUCGGCGAAGUAGGCGAGAUUUUAACGAUGAAAUUGUGCUAACAUUGAAAGAAAAUCAUCCAAUUGGAUUACUAGAAGAGAAAAUAAACCUUCGUCCCGAUGAAAAGGUUAUCUUUGCACCGGCAACAACGGAUUAUCUUAAAAUACAUGGUAAUGGAUUAAUAGAGCUUAUCAAGCCGCUAAAUUAUGAAUUCGAAAUGUCGCAUCAAGCAGCUGUACAGAUUAGCGGUCUAUUCAAAGGUUAG